AUGAUAAGACCAGUGUUAAUAUAUGGAGCAGAAACAUGGGCUUUAAGAGGAAAAGAGGAAAUAAAACUUAAGAGAACAGAGAGGAGAAUGCUGAGGUGGAUUAUGGGUAUAUUGCUGCUUGAGAGAUUGGAAAAUGAUGAAAUAAGAAGGGCAGGAUGGUACAGGCAUGUGUUGAGGAUGGAUGACGAGGAGAGAGUGAAGAGGGCUUGGGAGGAACCUGUUAGAGGAAGAAGAUCGAGAGGGAGACAGAGAAUUAGAUGGCAAGAUAGAGUGAAGGAACAUAUGGAGAGAAGAGGUUUGGUACAAGAUGAUGCUUUUGAUAGAAGGCAGUGGAGAAGGCGCAUCAGGCAACCGACCCCAUAA